AAAGUGGCCGUGCAUGGUGCCGUGAAGAAAAAUAGCAAUACGCUCAAGAUGUCUGUGACCUUUUAGUUCAACAUUUGUCCACAGUAAACCCGUAAGAUUGCCGUUGUAUUCACGCGACGACAAAAAUAUUUUCCGCAUUUGCAUUUACAGCAGCACUUUACUUAGCACAAGCUAAAAGUGUGGAUUUUUGGAAGAAUGGCCGCGAAGCAAGCGUCUGUCCACGCCAAGUGGAUUGUCGGCCGAGUCAUCGGAACGAAAAUGUGCAAAACAGCCAAGGUGCGCGUCACAAGGCUUGUGCUCGACCCCUACCUGCUCAAGUACUACAACCGGAGAAAGACAUACUUUGCCCACGACGCCAUGCAGCAGUGCGAGAUGGGUGAUGUGGUGCUUCUCAAGGCGCUCCCCGAGCCGCGUUCCAAACACGUCAAACACGAGCUGGCGCAGGUGGUCUACAAAGUGGGCCGCGUGGUGGAUCCGCUGACAGGGAAGCGUGUUGCCGGCACCGAAUUCCUGGAGCCGUUGGACGACCUCAAAGACGAUGGCGAAACUUUGGCUCAAAAAGUGCAAAGCUUGAACAUUUCAGCAGAGGGAUUGCAAUAACAUUAUUAUUUGUAAGAUCAUUCAUCCAUUUGGGUGUGUCGCCUGGACUCGUCGCCAGUCAAUCGCAGGGAACAUAGAGACAAAUGGCAACUGCAGUGACUGCACACAGGAAGGUGGAACACGGCUUUUAGCCUAGAACCUCCAAUCUGUGAGGCAGACGUGCUAAUCACCAGAAAGUCGUGCUGCACUAAUUUAGUGUCUUUGCAAAGUAUAUUUCAUGGCUUAAAUUAUGUUUCCUACUGCAGCUAUCGAUUAUUUCAGUAAUCGAAUCUAUUUGCUAGUUAGUUCAAAUAAUCGAGUAAUCUGGUUAAGAACAUUUAAUGUGUUGCAGAAUAAAUUGUAGGGAAUGUAAAAGGCUUUCAAAGACUGUGCUUUCAAAAGAACAUUAAAUGCAAAUCCAAAGUGCAAUUUCAGAGUUUUUCUUCAUACUAUGCAGAAUUGCAUUUUCUUUUAAUGAGAGCAAUAAAUGCAUUUAAAAAUAGAUUAAAACACCUGAGCUUUGCCUCAAACGGUAUGAAUAAAUGAGGAUCUAAGUACAACAAAUGAACAAUUGGCUAACUUGCAUAGCAAAAGUAUGCUAACCUAACUGCUAUAAAAUCCUUUUUUUUUUUUUUUUAAAUUACAAUGAUCUUAACAAAUCGUUCAAACACAUAUUCCCACUAAAAACAGCUAAAUACCUGUAAACUAAAUCACGAAUGCAUAAAAACUAGCUCAAACAGAAAUGUACCUUAUGUUGAUCUUAACAGGGAGCAGCUGGAUUCAGCCAAGUUAAAUGAGUUGUCAUAUUCAAACAAACUAAAUGCAAACACUUUCAAAACACCAUCACAACGCCACUGCGAUUAAAGGAAUAAUUGAAACAGCAAAAUGUGAUUCAAAGCUUUCUUUUUCUCCCUAACGAAUUAAUCGUUGCAGCACUAGUCCUUAGUAUAAUUCAAUCCAAUUUAAAAAUAAAAAGCUGAACUAGUUGAACUAUUUCUAAGUUUGAAUGUUAAAACUGUCCAAUUUAUGACAAUAAGGUUUGUAUGAUCCAGUGGUCCUUGACUAAAACCACAUUAAAUUAAUAGACAACUGUUUAUGUCCUAUAUGAAUCAUUUGGAGCCAUUAUUUUAAUUUGUGUUUCACCCUGUCAGUACUAAAGUUUCAAAUUUUUUUUGUUUUCCAUGGAAGCAGACUGCUUAUUUGUGUGAUUCCUCGGUAUAACUUUUUUGCAAAGAGCUGCUUGUACUAAAAAAUACAUUUUUGCAGAUUUUCCUGACAUUCACUCCCCAAACCAAUAACUAUCAUUAUUCGUGAGUUUGCUGUAAACCUGGAAAUUGUUGUUUUUGCUGCCAUUGACGACAAUUGACAGACAAGCCACUUGAACUGGGAGAGCUGGUAGUGAUCAAUCCAAGAUUAAAUUGGUUGGACGUCUGUUGCCGUCAAUGGCAGUGGAUGAGGUGGAGAUGGAAAUGAAAGUUUUUUUGGUAUCCGAUUCAUCAGUUUAAUAAUGGUCAAGGUGGGUUUCGUCAUGGUUUU